AUGCAAUUACAAAUUAUGUCUAUUAUUAUUCUACAGUUAUUAUUAUUAUAUAGUAUUUUUGGACAUGUUAAAACAACGCCGAUUCCUCAAAAGGUAAUACUUUCUAUGGAAAAUACCAGCAGUGAAACAAAUGUAUUAAAACCAAAACUUGAUUUAAGAAAAUGUUUUAAAGAUAGUGAUUGUGAGCAACAUAGUUGGUGCAACAAAGCUUAUGAAUGUGAAUGUGAAAAAGGUUGGAUCACAUGGCAUAAUAGUCGACAUUGUUCAUACAAACAAAGUUCAAAAAUAUUAGCUUUGAUUCUAUCAUUUGUUAUGGGAUUUAUUGGUGCUGACUGGUUUAUUUUAUCACGUAAAGAUAGUUUAUACAUAUUAUGUGGUAUAUUAAAAAUUCUUCUAUCAGCUGGCUGUUGUAUUUGGAAUCCGUUAGCUGCUAGAAGUAAAAGUCGAACUGCGACAACUGCUGCCAGUUGUCUUAGUGUUACUUUAACUCUUAUCUCAUUUGUCUGGUGGUUUGUAGAUUGGAUUCGAAUCUUACUUAAUAGUUUCCCCGAUGGUAAUGGUGCUCCAUUAAUAUAA